AUGGGGGCCCAAGGGAUUCAGGCUGCUGCCUGCAGCGCGGCGCGAACAGCGAGAAGCAGAAACAGAUACAAGGCAAAGAGAGGCCCCACGCCAAAGCCCAGGCCGGCGAAAGCAGAAACAGAUACAAGGCAAAGAGAGGCCCCACGCCAAAGCCCAGGCCGGCGAGCCGCAGAAACAGAUACAAGGCAAAGAGAGGCCCCACGCCAAAGCCCAGGCCGGCGAACAGAUACAAGGCAAAGAGAGGCCCCACGCCAAAGCCCAGGCCGGCGAGCCGGGGGCCCCCCGAGGCCCCGGCGAAGGGGCCCCCACAAAGAGGAGGAGGAGGAGGGGCCCCCUGACGUCGGCUUGUUUGCGUGUACUGGCAUUGAUACAGAACACUGUCUCCCUGGGGGCCCCUCAGAUGUCCUCAGGGCGGGGGUAGAGGCCCAAGGGGCCCUUCUGCAGCAGCACCAGCAGCAGUGGGAGAGGGUUGCUGCGCGUGCUGCUGAGCUGGAAGCAGCAGGCGACAGUGCUGCUGCUGUGGCGGUGCAGACAGAGGCUAUCGAGCAACUCUGUCAGGGGGCCCUACAGAGAGCAGCAAAAGCAAAGAAAACCUUCAGCCUGCUGCAGGUAGAGGAUGAACGCAGAGUGCUGCUGCUCACACGCUACAAAGAAGCAGCAGCGCGGUGGUGGGCCUCGGUGCAGCAGGAAGAAAAAGGAAAACAGAAACACAGCGACAGCGGCGGCCAUAGCGGCAGCGACAGCGAGCCGCAGCCGCCACCACAGCAGCAGCAGCAGCAGCAGCAGCAGCAGCAGCAGCAGCAGUGCUCCGGGGUCUUCGACUCUGAAACCUCCGCGGACUCGUAUUGCAGCAGCAGCACAAGAGCACCUUCUGUGCCUGAGUUGUUGCUGCUGAGCAGCCCGGGUGGUGCUGGUGCGGUUUCUUCUCUCUCGCGCGCUGCUGCAGCAGCAGAAGGCGCCGCAUGCAGUGUUGGUGCUGCUGCAGCACCUGCAGCAGCAGCAGCAGCAGCAGCAGAAAAAGAGGGAGGCCCCUGCAGCCCGGAUGCGGCCCACUUGCCUAGCAUGGAGCAGCCACUCGAGCUAACAGGGGAAGCGCUGCUAAACUUCGAGCGCAACCGGCAGCUGAUUGCCUCAUUUCUGAAUGACUUUGCUGCCUGGGAGUUUGCUGCUGCGCCCGGGGCUGAAGCAGCAGCAGCAGCAGCAGCAGCAGCAGCAGCAGCUUUCUUACAGCAACUGCAAACGCAGUAUGCAGAAGCCACUGCAGGUGGCACCGAACUUCCCCUUUGUAAAUUUCUGCUGCAGAAGAGAGAAGAAGCGCUCAAGAAUUUACCGCCAGAGUUGGCAUCAACUGAGCAGGUCAGGGCCAUGCUGCAACCCGUCGCACAGCGUGUUGCUGCGUUUCUACCGCCCGUCGAGGCUUUGCUUAAGAAGCAGGUUACCACUUCUGCGGAUCUACUGAUGGGGAGGCCCACAGAGCUCCAGAGCGUCGCGAAACUGUGCAAGUCCGACCAACUGGCAAGCUGGUUAGCAGCCAUGAAGAUGAGCCUCGAUACCAGCAGCUCAGGGGGCCCCUGCGAGGCCACCAGCGUCGAUGACUUGAACACAAGCGGCAAAGCAGCUGAUGCUGUCGGGGGCAUUGAGGGCCCCACGGCCGCCCAGCUAAAUAAACUAGAAACUGCGGUGAAGACAGAGCUGAAACAGCUCAAAGAUACAUGCAUCAAGUCGCUUCAUGAUGCAUCACGAAUGCUAGAAGAUGUUAUGCAAGUUCAAGUUAAGCGUCUACCGGGUGCUCCUCAGUGA